ACAACGACGGCCGCCUGCCAAUUCUUCUUCCAACUGAAAUCCCUAAAUGCGCGCGAGAUUCUGCCCGCGGACGUUGAGAAGAGAGACGGAAAUUUGUCGGAAUUGAAACCGCAGCGAAUGGUGGAGAGACGGAAGUUCGUUGAAAUUGAAAUUGCAGUGAAUGGUGGAAGAGAGACGGAGAUUUCUAGGAAUUGAAACCGCAGCGAAUGGUGGAUAAUGGCUGGUUUAAGGUGAUGGCAAUGGAAGCAGAGACUAUUGAACUGAAAAAACCUGAAAUCGGGAGAAGGCUUAGGAAUUAGGGCUCGAGGAUUUUCGUCUAAAUGUCGAACUAGAAAACGAAGAAAAUGGGAUUAUUAGGGAGAUCGAUGUGCGGGAGAGAGGAUCAGCGAGAGCUUGAGCACUUAUCGAGAGACGACGGCAGCCAAUACAGCCUCACGGGCGGAAUCCUGCCGCCGCUUGGCGUGAAUGGGCGAAAUAAUCGAAGAAGCAAACUCGGUCCUCAUAUAAUCUCGCCGUUCGAUUACAAUUACAGAUUUUGGGAGACGUUUCUGAUAUUUCUGGUACUCUACACAGCCUGGGCAUGUCCGUUUGAGUUUGGGUUUCUCCCUUCGCCCAGCGGAGUUCUGGCAAUAAUUGACAAUGUUGUCAAUGGACUUUUCGCCAUUGAUAUAGUUCUGACAUUCUUCGUGGCGUAUUUGGACAAAACGACUUACCUGCUGGUGGAUGACCGGAAGCUGAUUGCUCUACGGUAUGCCAAAACCUGGUUGGUCCUCGACGUUGUGUCCAAUAUUCCGUCGGAGAUGGCUCGCAAUAUUCUCCCUCCUUCCCUUCAGGUUUAUGGCUACUUCAACAUGCUUCGUCUAUGGCGUCUUCGAAGAGUCAGCUCCAUGUUCGCCAGGUUGGAAAAAGACAGGAACUACAACUAUUUCUGGGUUCGAUCUGCAAAGCUUAUGUUUGUGUGUCUGUUCACAGUUCAUUUUGCUGGCUGUUGCUUCUAUCUAAUUGAUUCAAACUAUAAGGACCCCAAAAGAACAUGGUCGACCUUAUACAUAGAAGACUUCCAUAAUAAAAGUUUGUGGGUGCGUUAUGUGACUUCCAUUUACUGGUCAAUUGUCACAAUUACCACCACUGGCUAUGGCGAUUUGCAUCCAAUCAAUGAUCAAGAGAUGUCAUUUGUCAUUUGUUAUCUGUUCUUCAUUCUGGGGUUGCAAUCUUACCUGAUUGGAAAUAUGACAAACUUGGUCGUCCAUGGCACGAGUCGAACCAGGCAAUUUAGGGACACCGUUCAAGCUGCCUCAAAUUUCGCCCAAAGAAAUCAACUGCCUGGUCGGCUGCAAGAACAGAUGCUAGCUCAUCUGUGUUUGAAAUUCAGGAUUGAUUCAGAGGGUUUACAACAGCAAGAGACAAUUGAUUCUCUUCCAAAAGCCAUUAGAUCCGGCAUCGCACACCAUCUCUUCUAUUCACUCGUUGAUAGUGCUUAUUUGUUCAAUGGGGUGUCAACCGACUUGAUCUUUCAACUGGUGACAGAAAUGAAGGCUGAGUACUUUCCUCCCAAAGAAGACAUCAUCUUGCAGAAUGAAGCACCAACAGAUUUCUAUAUAGUUGUCACUGGCACUGCGGAUCUUAUUGUACAAAGAAAUGGAAUGGAAGAGAUCGUCGGAGAAGCAAAGACAGGAGAUGUCAUUGGUGAGAUUGGCGUGCUUUGUUAUCAACCACAACUGUUUACAGUUCGAACCAGCCGUUUGAGUCAACUGUUGCGAUUGAAUCGCUCUUCGUUUUUCAACUUAGUACAAGCUAGCGUUGGGGAUGGGACAAUAAUAAUGAACAAUCUCCUUAAGCACCUGAAGGAGGUAAAAGACCCAAUGAUGGAGGAAAUUCUGCAAGAAACAGAACAGUCCUUGAUUCGUGCUGGAAUGGAAAUGCCUCUCAAUUUAUACUUUGCGGCAAGCAGUGGCGAUGACUUAUUGUUGCAUCAGUUGCUAAAGCGUGGUUCAAACCCAAAUGAAGUAGAUGAGGGUAACGGGAAGACAGCACUUCAUAUUGCAGCUGCUAAAGGAAACGAACACUGCGUAGUUCUACUCCUAGAGUAUGGGGCAGAUCCGAAUCGAAGAGACUUUGAAGGAAGCCUACCCUUGUGGCAAGCAAUACAAGGAAAUCAUGAGCCUAUAGUCAAGCUUCUAAUAGACAACGGUGCCGAUAUUUCUUCAGGAGACGUCGCCCAGUUUGCAUGCACCGCUGUGGAGCAAAACAACAUAGAUAUGCUCAAAUCCAUCAUCGAAUGUGGUGGAGAUGUAACUCUGCCUAGAAGCAACGGGACUACAGCUCUUCACACGGCAGUAUGUGAAGGAAACAGUGAAAUGGUUAAGUUCCUUUUAGAGCAUGGGGCUGACAUUGAUAAGGCAGAUGUUCAUGGAUGGACUCCACGAGCGUUAGCAGAUCAUCAAGGCCAUGAAGAGAUAAAAGAACUAUUCUCUCUUAAGCAAGCUGUGAAUAAAUCAUCUGUUGUCCAUAUUCCACAAAAUCCCGAAUCAAAUUAUCUACGGAAGUUCCAGAGCGAGUCGAUCAUACCGCGGUUUUCCCAUGACUCCUGCAUGACUCCUGUUCGAGAAUCAAAUUGUUCUGAUAUGCCUCCUAGAAGGAGAAGGAGCAAUAAUUAUCGAAAUUCGCUAGUCGGGUUCAUGGAAAAUACCAAUAAGGGUGAAAGGGACGUUCUACAAUCCGCAUUGCUCGGUUUUAGCAAUAGCCGAAGCGUGAGAUCGGCUUACCAGGCAAGAGUUGUUCUCAGUUGCCCUGAGAAAGGACAAGUUAUUGGAAAGCUUGUGCUUUUACCCAAAACCAUCCAAGAACUAGUUGAAACUGGUUCCAAAAAAUUUGGGGUUUCUGCAACAAUGAUUUUAACUCAUGAAGGAGCUGAAGUUGAGGAUAUAGACCUUGUCAGAGACGGUGAUCACCUCAUUCUUGUCGGUGAUGCCAGUGCCGCCGUCCCGAGUGGCCAAGUACGGUAGAAUUCAGUUCAAGACAGCCCACCGCCGCCAUCCCCGGUGGCUGCCAAGUACACGGUAGAGUUCAGUUGAAGACAGUCAACCUGCUGCCU